AUGUUGACAAUCGUAUCAGCUUCAGGCCACGAUCUGAGCCUGAUACAGAAGUCAAUUGAAUUGGUUCAAUCUUCCCCACCAACAUGGCAAUCCGCUUUGCUCAGUAACGUGAUAAUAUUUAUUCUGGGAACUCCAAUUUUGAUCUCUGGUUUGUCUCUAUCUGGCAUUGCCGCUGCUUUCUUGCUCGGCACUCUCACUUGGCGCUCGUUUGGUCCAUCCGGGUUCUUUCUCGUGGCAUCAUAUUUCGUAAUUGGCACUGCAGCUACAAAGGUCAAAAUGGCACAGAAGGAAGCUCAAGGGGUUGCUGAGAAGAGGAAAGGCAGGAGAGGGCCUGGGAGUGUGAUUGGUUCCAGUGCAGCAGGUUGCGUUUGCGCUGUCUUAUCAAUUUACAAAAUUGGAGGGAAGGCAUAUUCUCCGCUUUGGGUCCUUGGAUUUGUUGCUAGUUUCUGUACAAAGUUGAGCGACACGGUGUCAAGUGAGAUCGGGAAAGCAUAUGGCAAAACUACAUAUUUGGUCACUACAUUUAAAGUGGUCCCCCGAGGAACUGAAGGUGCUGUCAGUGUUGAAGGAACUUUGGCCGGAUUGAUUGCUUCUGCCCUUCUGGCGUCAGUUGCCUGUCUAGUCGGUCAGAUCAAUGUGCCUGAGGCCGCUGUAUGUGUGGUAGCUUCCCAAAUUGCUAACCUAGGAGAGAGCUUUAUCGGUGCAGAAUUCCAGGGAAAAGAUGGGUUUCGCUGGCUCAACAAUGAUGCUGUUAACGUUAUCAACAUUACCAUAGGCAGCAUUUUAGCAGUUGUAAUGCAGCAAUUUAUGCUUCAGAAAUGGCAUCUGUGA